GUUUGACAUAAUCGUUUCAGGCUUGCUUGAGCUUCAUGUUUUGUUAGCUAAUCUGGCUAGCAGAUGUUGGCCGGUUGAACUUAUCGUCAAAUGAAUAUAUGUGCAUGAAACAGUUCAUCCGCCACUCCUAGUCAGGAAGGAGGAUGGCACAUCGGCCUGCUCUACCUGAGCUGUCCCAGAGGACAGAGCACCUGGAACUAGAUAAUGAUUCCGACAGGGACUCUGGUGUUGGGGAUGAUGCAGGAGAGGAUGCUGAAAGUUGCCAUGGAAGCACAGAAACGCAAGAGGAGCAAGUCAACACACAAGACGGCAUGGAAGAAACUGGAGGGGAGGGAGAUGUCUUCACAAUUUUUGUUGCCUUUCAAGGGAACAUGGAGGAUGAGGACUUCACACAAAAACUUGACUCUGUCCUCAGCGGGAUCCCUAACGUGCUUGAUAUGGGCUCUGAGAGGCUGAAGCCACAACAUGUGGAGCCAUGGAACAGUGUUCGGGUUACCUUCAACAUUCCUCGGGAUGCUGCUGAGCGACUCAGACUGUUGGCCCAGAACAACCAGCAGCAGCUCAGAGACCUGGGGAUUCUCUCUGUGCAGAUAGAAGGGGAAGGGGCCAUCAAUGUGGCUAUGGGACCAAAUAGAGGACAGGAAGUAAGAGUGAAUGGACCAAUUGGAGCACCUGGCCAGAUAAGAAUGGAUGUCGCCUUUCCAGGUCAGCCUGGACCAGGAGGAGUAAGGAUGCCCAAUCCGCAAAUGGCUCCUUCUGGGCCAGGCAUGGCAGGUCAGGCUGUCAUGGCAGGCAGCAGUGGACAGAUGCACCCUCGCAUUCCAAGACCAUCUUCGACAGAUGUGAUGGACCCAAUGAUGCCAGGUAUGCCAGUUCAGCAGCAACAGCAACUUCAACACCAACAGGCUGGUCCCCAUGGCCCCGGUCCCAUGCCUCCUCAGGCAGCCCAUCACAUGCAGACCCUGCAGGCUGGGCGACCACUCAACCCUGCCGCACUGCAGCAGCUACAACAACAGCACCACCAACAGCAGCAGCAGGCCCAGCAGCAAGCUCAGCUUUCUCAGCUCGGACCGAGACCUCCAUUUAACCCAUCAGGCCAGAUGGCCGUGUCUCCUGGCUGGAACCAGUUGCCUGCUGGAGUUCUUCAACAACAAGCUUCCCAAGGAGGUCCUGUCUGGAGAAAGCCCCCACCACAAGUACAAAUGGUUCAACGCCCCCCUUCCCUCACUACAGUUCAGACUCCCAGCCACCCUCCGCCCCCGUACCCAUUUGGCAGCCAGCAGGCUGGGCAGGUAUUCAAUGCUAUAGGACCGGGACAGUUACCUCCACAACAGCAGGUGGGAAUGGGCCAGUUUGCUGCUCCUCAGCCUAAAGUUCCACAGGGUGGCCCUAGUGGUAUUGCAGGACCCAGACCCCCUCCACCACUUCCACCAACUUCUGGACAGCAGGGCAACCUUACCGCAAAAUCGCCCGGUUCCUCUUCGUCCCCUUUUCAGCAGGGUUCACCAGGCACCCCACCGAUGAUGGCUCAGAGACCUACAACUCCACAGGGUUUUCCCCAGGGUGUUGGAUCACCAGGAAGAUCUGCUCUUGCCCAACAGGGUAACAUGCAACAAGCAUUUGUGGGUAUGCCCCAGCAUAGUCAGCCUGGGGCCCAAGUUCAUCCAGGUUUGCCAAAGCGUCCAAUGGGUUUUCCAGCAAACUUUGUUCAGGGUCAGGUGAGUGUCAGCACUCCGGGAACACCUGGUGGAGGACCCCCACAACAGCUACAAACCACUCAAGCAAUGACUCACGCAGGAUCUCAACCUUCAGCCUCUACACCAAACUCAAUGCAGAGUCCAGCCCAUGUCCAACCCAAUGUCAUGGGGGUACAAAGCAGCAUGGCAGGUGCACCUCCUGGUACAACUGCUGGGCCUAGUAUGGGCCAGCAACAGCCUGGCCUCCAGACCCAGAUGAUGGGCCUCCAGCAUCAGGCCCAGCCCGUGUCCUCCUCCCCCAGCCAGAUGGUUCAAGGCCAGGGUGGUGGUCAGACUGUCCUCACACGGCCCAUCAGUCAAGGCCAGAGAGGAGGAAUGACCCCACCCAAGCAAAUGAUGCCUCAACAAGGCCAGGGGGUGAUGCAUGGGCAAGGUCAGAUGGUUGGAGGCCAAGGGCACCAGGCCAUGCUCCUGCAGCAGCAGCAACAACAGCAACAAAACUCCAUGAUGGAGCAAAUGGUUGCCAACCAGAUGCAAGCCAACAAGCAGGCAUUUGGAGGCAAGAUGCCAGCUGGGGUCAUGCCUGGCCAAAUGAUGCGUGGCCCUUCUCCGAACGUUCCAGGUAACAUGGCUCAGUUUCAGGGCCAAGUUGGCCCACAGCAGAUGACCCCACAACAGAUGACUCCACAACAGCAACAGCAAAUGGUUCAACUCCAACAACAGCAGUUACAUCAACAGCACCAAUUGCAGCAGCAGCAGCAGCUUCAACAGCAGCAGCAGCAGCAGCAGCAACAACACCAGCA